AUUCAUGCCCCUAUCUGUACAGUUGCUGUGGAUGGUUUGCCAUCCGAAAGCUCCUCAAGUUCUCAUCCAGGCCCCGUGUCUGUUUCUGAAAUGUCUCUGCUUCAUGCUUUGGGUCCAGUGCAGACCUGGCUGGGACAAGAGCUGGAGAAGUGUGGCAUUGAUGCCAUGAUUUACACUCGGUAUGUCCUCAGUCUGCUGCUGCGCGACAGCUAUGAUUACGAUCUGCAGGAACAGCCGUCAUUGUUGUUUGGUGGGCCCAGGCUGGAUUUGAACCGGCCAACUCAGGAGAAUGACAUCUUCCUGGGCUGGGAAAAAGGAGCUUAUAGGAAAUGGGGAAAGAGUAAGAAAAAGUGUUCAGAUCUAACUCUAGAAGAAAUGAAGAAACAGGCUGCUGUCCAGUGUCUUCCAUCUGCUUCUGAUGAAAGCUCUGGUAUCCAGACUUUAGUGGAGGAACUGUGCUCCCGACUGAAAGAUCUUCAGAGCAAGCAAGAAGAGAAGAUUCACAAAAAGUUAGAAGGGUCUCCCUCUCCAGAGGCAGAAUUAUCCCCUACAGCAAAGGAUCAAGUGGAAAUGUACUGUGAAGCAUUCCCACCACUCUCUGAGAAACCGGUUUGCCUGCAAGAAAUCAUGAUAGUGUGGAACAAGUCUAAAGUCAGUUCUCACUCUAGCUCCUCUUCAUCCUCCACAGCCCCACCAGCUAGCACAGACACAUCCUCUCCCAAGGACUGCACCAGCGAGAGUGAAGCCAUCAAGGAACGGGGCAACGAGGUGCCCACCCCUGUGCCCGAGAAAACCCAGAGCAAAGGUAGAAACGAGAAGGAGAACAAAUUCAGUAACGGCACAGCGGAAGAAAAGCCUGCUUGGUACAAAAAGCAAAUUCGACAUAAACCUGAAGGGAAGAUUCGCCCUCGCUCCUGGUCUUCCGGCUCCAGUGAAGCAGGCUCAAGUUCAAGUGGCAAUCAAGGAGAAUUAAAAGCAUCCACAAAGUAUGUUAAAGUAAGACACAAGGCCCGAGAGAUUCGAAACAAACAAGGGCGGAAUAGGCCAAGCAGGCUAUCAUUAAAGCACAGUGAAAAGGCCGGGAGGAGCAUCCACGCGGGAAGCAGCAGCAGCGGCGGCGGGGGUCCCGUCCCGCAGCUGUGCAGGCGGGGUAAGCGGCCACUGGGAGAGACAGGGAGGAAAGAGCCUGGCAGCACCGACGGAAAAGACCUGUACCCGGAGAGCAGGAAUGACAGGGAGUACAAAGAGGAGCCAUUGUGGUACACCAAACCAAUCGCUGAGUAUUUUGUUCCUUUGAGCAGAAAAAGUAAACUAGAGACCACAUACCGAAACAGACAAGAUACAAGUGAUCUGACAUCAGAGGCAGUGGGAGAAUUGUCUGAAUCAGUGCAUGGUCUUUGUAUCAGCAGCAGUAAUAUUCAUAAAACAUACCUCGCAGCAGGUACUUUCACUGAUGGUCAUUUUGUAGAAAUGCCUGCAGUGAUAAAUGAGGGUAUUGACCUCACUGGGACCUCACUAUGUUCUCUACCAGAGGACAAUAAAUACCUGGAUGACAUUCAUCUAUCAGAAUUCACACACUUCUAUGAAGUAGAUAUUGAUCAAUCCAUGUUGGAUCCUGGUGCCUCAGAAACAAUGCAAGGAGAAAGUCGGAUUUUGAAUAUGAUUCGACAAAAAAGUAAAGAGAAGACAGAUUUUGAGGCAGAAUGUUGCAUAGUGUUAGAUGGUCUGGAGUUGCAAGGGGAAUGUGCAAUAUGGACAGAUUCUACCAGCUCCGUAGGUGCUGAGGGCUUAUUCCUGCAAGACCUCGGCAAUCUGGCUCAGUUUUGGGAGUGCUGUUCAUCCAGCUCUGGUGAUGCUGAUGGAGAGAGUUUUGGAGGAGAUUCGCCUAUCAGACUCUCCCCAAUCUUAGACAGCACAAUGCUCGAUUCACACUUGCUGGCUGGCAAUCAAGAGCUAUUUUCAGAUAUUAAUGAAGGAUCUGGUAUAAACUCUUGUUUUUCAGUGUUUGAAGUGCAAUGCAGUAAUUCUGUUUUACCAUUUUCUUUUGAAACACUCAACUUAGGAAAUGAAAAUACAGAUUCUAGUGCUAAUAUGCUUGGGAAAACACAGUCUAGAUUGCUAAUAUGGACCAAAAAUAGUGCCUUUGAAGAAAAUGAACACUGUUCUAAUCUUUCAACAAAUUGUAGUCCGUGGUCUCAUUCAGAAGAAACACGUUCAGAUAAUGAGACAUUAAAUAUUCAGUUCGAAGAAUCCACACAAUUUAGUGCAGAAGAUAUUAAUUAUGUAGUUCCUAGAGUCUCAUCAAAUUAUGUAGAUGAAGAACUUCUAGAUUUUUUGCAAGAUGAAACUUGCCAGCAAAACAGUAGAAGUUUAGGUGAAAUUCCUACGUUAGUUUUCAAAAAAAAAUCUAAACUAGAAUCUGUCUGUGGUAUUCAGCUAGAACAAAAACCAGAAAACAAAAACUUUGAAACUGCUCAGGUAUGUAGUGAAAGCAGUCCACAUGGAGAUGGCUACAGCUCAGGGGUUAUUAAAGACAUUUGGACAAAGAUGGCAGAUAGAAAUUCUGUGGCUACAGUAGAAAUGGAAGGAAUCGAUGAGUUGUUUUCGACAGAUGUAAAUAACUCCUGCUGCUGUUUGGAUGCCGAAGCUGACAUGGAAACCUUUCAGGAGCCGAAUAAGGCUGUGCAGAGGUCAGAGUAUCACCUGUGGGAGGGCCAGAAGGAGACCCUGGAGCAAAGGGCGUUUGUUUCUGGUGAGCUGUCGAAGGCUGAUGGUGGUGAUUAUACGACACCCUCUAGACCUUGGGAUGUAUCCCAAGAUAAAGAGAAUGCUUUCAUUCUUGGAGGAGUUUAUGGAGAACUCAAAACCUUUAAUAGCGAUGGGGAAUGGGCAGUGGUGCCACCUGGUCACACAAAAGGAAGUUUAUUGCAGUGUGCAGCCUCCGAUGUAGUGACAAUCGCUGGGACAGAUGUCUUUAUGACCCCAGGAAACAGUUUUGCUCCUGGUCACAGGCAGUUAUGGAAACUCUUUGUGUCAUUUGAACAGAAUGAGGAGCCGAAGAGUAGAGAAAAUGAUAAGGGAUUUUCUUUUAUCUUCCAUAAAGACUUACUAGGAGCUUGUGGUAACUUUCAAGUUGAAGAUCCUGGACUUGAAUAUUCUUUCUCUUCCUUUGACUUAAGCAAUCCGUUUUCACAGGUUCUUCAUGUAGAAUGUUCAUUUGAACCCCAAGGGAUUACAUCUUUCAGCCCCAGUUUUAAACCGAAAUCAAUCCUCUGCUCUGAUUCUGACAGUGAGGUUUUUCACCCCAGGAUAUGUGGAGUUGACAGAACACGGUACAGGGCUAUUUGCAUCUCUCCUAGGACUCACUUUCGCCCCAUUUCUGCAUCUGAACUGUCCCCAGGAGGAGGAAGCGAGUCAGAAUUUGAAUCUGAGAAAGAUGAAGCAAAUAUUCCCAUUCCUUCUCAAGUUGAUGUAUUUGAAGAUCCACAGGCAGAUCUCAAACCUCUGGAAGAAGAUGCAGAGAAAGAAGGCCAUUACUAUGGAAAAUCAGAGCUUGAGUCUGGAAAAUUCCUUCCCAGGCUAAAAAAAUCUGGAAUGGAAAAGAGUGCUCAGACUUCACUGGAUUCUCAAGAGGAAUCAACUGCGAUUCUUCCAGGAGGAAAGCAAAAUCAGUGUUUGGAAUGUGACAAGAAUGAAUCUCUAGAAAUAAAUUUAGAAAGCUCAGAAGCAAAUUGUAAAAUAACGGCACAAUGCGAGGAAGAAAUUAAUAAUUUUUGCAGUUGCAAAGCAGGUUGUCAGUUUCCUGCUUGUGAAGAUGAUCCAGUUUCCUCAGGACAUCUGGAGGAGCAGUUUCCUGUAUUGAACUCUGAUAUACAAGGAAUGAAUAGAAGUCAAGGAAAGCAGACUUGGUGGGAAAAAGCUUUGUACUCUCCUCUUUUUCCUACAUCAGAGUGUGAAGAAUGUUACACAAAUGCCAAGGGAGAGAAUGGUAUAGAAGAUGAUCCAGAUGUUAAGGAAAUGCCUAGUAAUGAAGAACGCCUGUUAGAUUUUAAUAGGGUGUCUUCUGUUUAUGAAGCCAGAUGUAAAGGAGAGAGAAAUUCUGGAGCAAAAUCAAACGGCUUUCGCAGGAAGAUGUACUCCAGUGCUAGCUCUGGCUCGGAAGAUUCGGGCUCAGAAGGUGGAGGUGAAUGGGCGGAUCCUAGCCAAGAGGCACUCUUUUCUCGAACUCAUGUCUAACCUGCAAAGUAGUACAAAUUAUUUUUUAAAAGUGAUAUGUGAUGGAAAAUUACUCUUUUGUGAGCCUGUUAAUCUAAAACAACAACCUAGGUUUCUCCGAUUAACUGAUUCAGAUCAGUAAUAUCUUUCCCUUCUUGCUUAUUUUAGAGUUGAGAACAGCUAUCCUGUUGAAGAUUUUUUUUUUCCCUAGCUGUUCAACUCUUGGCUAUU